CUGGCAAGCGUGGAGCCCCCUAUGAUAUCUGCUUUAAGCUGCAAGGCUCCAAUAAUCAAAGAGGCAGAUAGCCACGGAUAAUGCGGGUGACAUGCAUGGCUUGCACACCACUCACAAAACCACACCUUGCUCACUCUUAUCACCAUAGUUUCCAUUAUAGCCAUCGCAGAAGCUUCAGGGCUUCCUCUGCUGCUCCUGGUGUAGACCUCAACACUCUCCAGUCUGCCAUUACCAAGAAAGACAGUAAUGCUGUUAAAGAGGCACUUGAUCAGCUCAGUGAAGUUGGUUGGGCCAAGAAAUGGAGUUCUCAGCCAUACGUUUCACGCCGCACGACAUCACUCCGAGAGCUGACGACUCUAGGAAUUAAGAAUGCCGAGAACCUUGCAAUCCCAAGCGUCAGGAAUGAUGCAGCUUUUCUUUUUACUGUGGUGGGAACAACUGGAUUCUUAGGUCUUCUUGCUGGCCAGCUUCCCGGGGAUUGGGGCUUCUUUGUACCAUACUUGAUUGGAAGUAUUUCCUUAGUAGUUUUGGCUAUUGGUAGCAUAUCCCCCGGGCUUCUCCAAGCAGCUAUAAGCAGCUUUUCAACAUUUUUCCCUGAUUAUCAAGAGAGGAUUGCCAGACAUGAAGCAGCACACUUCUUAAUUGCUUAUCUGCUUGGUGUACCCAUUUUGGGGUAUUCAUUGGAUAUUGGGAAAGAGCAUGUCAACCUUAUUGAUGAGAGGCUUGAAAAACUUAUCUAUAGCGGUCAACUUGAUGCCAAAGAGCUAGACAGAUUGGCUGUUGUAUCAAUGGCUGGACUAGCAGCAGAAGGUUUGGAAUAUGACAAGGUGGUUGGUCAAUCUGCUGAUCUUUUCAGUCUGCAGAGAUUCAUAAACAGAAGCAAGCCACAACUCAGCAAAGAUCAGCAACAAAAUCUCACUAGAUGGGCUGUUCUGUUUGCUGCUUCUCUCCUGAAAAAUAACAAGGUAAGUCAUGAAGCAUUGAUGGCAUCAAUGUCAAACAAGGCAAGCGUACUAGAAUGCAUUCAAACAAUCGAGAGUUCAGCAUAGUUGGAAGGCCCUCUCUGCUAAUCAAGGCUUUUCUAACAGAGGCUAUUUCUGCUUUGGAUUUUCGGGGCUAUUGAGUUAUACGUGUCUUAUAGCUUUGGUUCACACAAUCUUUAGAUUGGGAUAUUUGUAAUAAUGAACUCCACACAAAUAGGGAAACUGCAAAAAAAAGGAGCAGAUAGUGUUCUACUAAUUCUUGUUAGUUGUUAAUAUAUAACGAAUACCCAUUUUUUCUUAUGUUAAGAUGUAAUAGCUACACUCUGUCACUCUAUGAACGAUACUCCAUUUU